CGGCGCUCGUGUCGUGCCAGUGUCGACUCUUGCCGUGUUCGGCGUGGCGUGGAUCGGGUUGAUGGUCAGGAUUGUCUCGUUCCGUUGGGUGGGACAGGAGGGUCUGUUGUCAGAGGGUGUGCCCAAGGUUUCUAAUGGGCCUAGACUCGCUUGUGAGGUGUCUGCUGCAGCUGAGCUUGUGUUCGGGACUGAUGUUAACGUGGCUUUUGACCGGGCACGUGCGUCGGCUACAGCUGCAGCGGCUGCGCGGCCGCCGCGGCCGCCGGGAGGAGGCCGACAUCAACAUCAUCGACGUCAACCAGGACGACAUCAUGCCGGACCGGGACGAGUGGAUGACGAAGGCAUUGACGGAGGAGACGGUGGUGCGGCGCCCGCAGAAGUCGGCCGACGACCCUACCAUGCAGCAGCGUCGCAAACACCAGAUCACCUACCUGGCGCACCAGGCCAAGGAACGGGAGGUGGAGCUGAAGAACGAGUGGGCCCAGAACCGGGCCACCAAGAACGCGUACCGCACCAAGUACGGGUUCUAGCCGGCCCACCUCCGCCUGCCGUCUUGCGUUGUACAUACGGUGUUGUUGGAAUGUACGUUAUCAUGUUGGUGUCAUUCACACGCAUUCAAUACAAGUCAUC